AUGACUACCUUCAAAACUUUUGAUGAUUUAGACCAACAACGAGAACUCGCCUUUAUGCAGCUUAGGCCAACAUGCGUCUCACUUCUGAAAUCCACGCCUUUGACACGCGUAAACUCGCAACAAGUCUUGCAAACCCUAGAUGAACUCAUUCAAACGCUUUACUCUCUCCCCGCACCCUCACGCUUUUUAAAUGUCUCACUAGUCGAGUACAUUUUCCUUCCAUUGGCACAUGUGUUUCAAAGUGCUGAAUUACCAAGGAGCGACAAAUUCACUGAAAAGUUUUUAACUUGUCUUUUGUUCUUGCUGGAGACUUCUUGGACCAGUUAUAUGAAACCCGAACUAUUUAAACAAAUUUUUAUCAUGUUAACGAGUAUUAUGGGGACAUCAUCGGAAUCGUCAUCUAAUAAGUCUUAUUUGGUGUCUCUGAUAUCUGAAGAGACAAAUCUACUAGCAAUUAAAUGUAUUUUGGCUUUAUUGGGCAGAGAAAAAGAUAAUCAAGACUCUAGUAAUAACGUCAUCUUAAGAGCUGAAUUGAUUAAAGAGCUUUUGGAACCAUCUCAUCGCGCUGCUAUUGGACGUUGUGUAUAUGUGUUACUAGAUAUUAUUUUCAAAGAACGUUUGCUCGAAUUAAGAAUUUCAGCAGUUGACGCUCUUGAAAGACUGGUGCAAUGCCUUGAUGAUACAAAUGUUUUGGCUGCUAUAUUACCUGGAGUUGUAAGCACAUUGGGAAAAACUAUAAUUCGUGAUCAAAAAGAAAAUCAUCGUUUACUCGUAAGAUCAAUUGAAGCCUUGGGAGAAAUUAUUUGUCGUGUGAUGAAUGAUGAAGUAAGUUCUUAUAUUAUGACACGACAUAGAACUUUGAAUGAAUUGGUAGAAGAAUUCAUUGAAACCACUGGAAUGAAUGCCAAAAAAUCAACAAAAGUCAAUCAGACAUCAAAGGAUAUUUUUGAUGAAAACAGUAACAAUACUAUUUCUUCGGCAGCAGUAGAAGUUUUACGAAACAAAUCAUGGCUUAGAGCUACAAAAUCACAGAUCAAUAUUUUACUUUGCCAAAUAUUUACCAUAAGAAAUCAUCCAUCAUGGCAAGUACGAUUAGCAUUUGUGAAUUUCUCUAAUUUGAUAAUUUGUCAAUGCUCAGAAUCCUUGGAUAAUUGUUUGCCAAUCUUGAUAGAAACUUUGGUUCUAUAUUUAACCGAUGAAUAUGAACAAGUGUCGAACUCGUCACUACAAUAUUUGGAAUCUUUACGAAAAAGUCAUAGUUUCAACGAAAUAUUUGUGCCAAUUAUGAAAGAAAGUUUUGAUAAUUGGCUUAAUUUAUUACCACAAUAUGUUAUGGGAAUUGAUGAAAACGCAAAGUUCAACGUAAUUGCUUUGGUUACUGGUUUUCUAUCAAUUCUUGGUUUGAACGUACAAACUGUAUUCAAUACUUCGUUGCAACGUGUUUCCCAUGGACUGAUUAAGGCAUUGGAAUAUGAUUUGACAGAUAUUCAAAUUAUAGAAAAUAAAAUUGAUGACACUGGUAAUUACGAUAAUAUUGAUCCAUCGAAAAGACAACAAAAAUUGCCAUCUUUUCCCCAUCCUAUGUUCAGACAUAUUCGAGAGGAACGCGUCAUAUUGGCCAUGCGAAAUAUGUUGAGACAUUUUGGUUAUUUUGGGAAUUUAAGCUUCUUGAUCAACCAUUUCUUUUUUUAUUUUCAAAAUUCAAAGGAUGUUCAACUUUGUCCACAAUGUAUUUUCAUUGUUAAUGAAUUAUUGAUUGGUGCAUCAUCAAGUAUCAAGAUUGAUUCAACAAUAUCGCCGCAGUUCUCUUCAUCGAUAGUUAAACAAAUAAAUAUUUCCAAUUCUAAAUCCGCAAAUUCUUUGGAAGAGGUACAAAGAAUAGUCAAAUUUCUUUUAAGAGAAUACACUGAACUGGAUUUAACAAAAGAAAAAGAAGACAAAAACCUUGUCGGUAUAAUCUUAAACACAACCAUCGAACCGAAUUUCUCUAUCAGUACUGAUCAGCAACUGGACAAGAAACUGCAAUACAAAGAAAAUAUUCAGAUUCUUAUUACAAAUUGUUUAAUUCUAGAGGGGAUUGCAAAUGUUUCAAACAUUUUACAAAAGAAAUUCCGAGUUGAACUUAUUUACGCACUUUAUCCGAUUCUGGAAAAAUAUAACAAAGAGAAUAGCCAUAUUAUGGUUCAUGAGAUUGCCCGAAUUGCUUUAUACCAUAUUGCAAUUAAUUGUGGCUACAAUUCUUCUAAAAAUUUGGUAUUGGAAAACGUUGAUUAUCUUAUUAAUGUUAUAUCUCGAAAGCUGAAUCAAAUCACAUUCUAUCCGGAAACUACUAAAGUUCUGAUUGCGAUGAUUAAUGUCGUCGGAUCAACUAUUUUACCAUUCCUUAAUGAUUCUAUUGAAGAAAUUUUUCAUGCUUUAGAUCAAUAUCAUAUGGAUGAAUUUUUGUUGAGUCAGUUGGCCAAUGUUCUUCAUGUGUUAGUCAAAGUUAUCGCAAACGAUUACAAUGAAGAAAAUGAUGAAUUUGAUGAGAAGCAAAAAUCGAUUAAUAAUAUUGCUGAUAAUAACAUAACGGUAGAAUCAUCAACAAGCACAAUAAAAAAUUUCCAUUAUGAUGACGACAUAGUUGGAAUUUCUCGGGAAAUCAGUGAAUUUGUUGCUAAUUAUUCCAAAAAAGAAAAUGAAGUCCGAUCAACAAUAGGGAAUGAUGAGACGGCUGUAACUGCAAAGUCGGAUAAAAUCGAAAAUUAUUUUAUGGAUAGUGAGAAUAUUCAAAGUAUUGAGAGCACUACCGAUACUAAUAAAGACAAUAAUAAUAAGCUUUCAAUGGCACAAACAAUUUGCCUAAAUAUUAUUAAUAAACUUUUGCAUUUUCUUACUGCAUCAUCUCCGCAACUCCGUAGAUUAAUACUUGAUUUAAUUCGAAUUUCAUUGCCUAAACUCGAAUCAAACAUGGAACAAUUAUAUCCUCUCAUUCAUCAAAUAUGGCCUUCAAUCAUUACUCGUAUGAAAGACAAAGAACAUUAUGUGAUAUUAGCAGCUGUUGAAUUAAUCGAAAAAAUUUCAAUAUCUUGUGGUGAUUUCAUUUCGAAUCGAGUAGUAAUCGACGCUUGGCCUUUAUUUCAGCAUAUAUUGAACCAACAACUUCUAAUGGACAAAGAAUCUGCAAUAUCCUAUUCAACAUAUUCAAAGUCUCAUCGAUUCAAAUUAUCCAUUAUAAUCACCAUGAGAACGGUAAUUAAGCGAGUGUUAUUGGCAGAUAUGGCACUAUUCCAAAUAAUGGACACAAUGGUUAUCUUUUUGAGUGAUAAAGUUCAUCCAGAGCUUAAAAGUGCUUCGCACGAAUUAUUUGUCGAGUUGAUUAAAAAGUCUCCUGAUGCUGUUUGGCUUUUAUUGAAUGGACUAUUGCAAAUGGAAAGAAAAGUUCAACAACAAAAUCCAGUAAUCUUCAAACAAGUAAUUUGGCCAAAUUAUCAUGUUUCUAUAGAGCAAGUUGAUGAAUAUAUCUCUAGUAUAAAUUUAUUGUUAGAAAAAAUUGACAUCGGAUGUGUUGUAUAG